UGAUCAGCUGUGUCCAAUCACAGCUGAUCGCAUGUAAAUAAGGAAAUGCCGGUUAUCUGCAUUCCUCUCCUCACAAGCUGUCACACUGACAGCUCUGUAGCCUCAGCAGUGCCACCUGUCAAUGUCCAUCAAUGCCACCUGCCAGUGCCCAUCAGUGCCACAUCAAUGCAACAUAUCAGUGCCUACCAGUGUACAUCAAUGCCACAUAUCAGUGCCCAUCUGAGCUGUCUUUCAGUGCCACCUAUCAGUGCCAGUCAGUGCCACCUAUCAGUGCUGCCAAUCAAUGCCACCUAUCAGUGCUGCCAAUCAAUGCCACCUAUCAGU